AAGCUCAAAUUACUCAAGGUGCCUUGAUAAAGUACAUUUAACCUUUUAAAUCAUUUUUCUAUACUAACUGUUCGUAGUGCAAUCUUCAAUGACACUGAUCGUGUGGUAAAGGACUUUCCAGUACCAGUAUGCCAAGUGGUACAAAUCAAACCAAUGGGUGCGGGAGUAAAUGGACAGGCCGAAAGAUUCAGACUGGUUGUGAGCGACAUUCAGAACUUUGUACAGUGCAUGCUUGCCACUCGUAAGUAGAAUCCAGUUGUAGCUAUUUAGGCCUUUGCCAGCACGAUUUGACUGAUGAGAUUUCAGAGGCAAAUCAUGUAAUACACGAUGGAAAAUUGACAAAAGGUUGCUUCAUUCGUCUGAAGAACUACCAGGCAAAUGAAGUUAAAGGCAAAAGGUCAGUUGGAUAUUCACAGAUGUCUUCCUAUGGGAUGUUGUUGCCUAACUUUUUUAGAAUUUUGAUUAUUCUCGAUGUCGAUGUCAUCGAGAGUUUGGGAACGAUGGAAAAGAUCGGAGAACCAACUGCGGUCAAGGUCGAAGAAGAUGUCAAACCACACAAUACUACAAUUGGCGGAGGUGGCUUUUAUGGAACUAAACCUCAACCCCAACAACCUGCCGCUCAAGAUCGUGCGCCCCAUCCCGCAAUGGUCCGUCCAACUCCUCGUCUCACGCCACCAUAUAUCCUAUUGAGUCACUAUCACCGUACGCUCAUAAAUGGACAAUCAAAGCAAGAGUUACGAGUAAAUCGGAUAUCAGAACAUGGCACAAACAAAACAGUGAAGGCAAGCUCUUUAGCGUCAAUCUUCUGGAUGAGAGUGGCGAGAUUAAGGCAACGGGCUUCAACGAGCAGUGCGACGCUUUAUAUGAGCUUUUCCAGGAAGGCAACGUCUAUUAUAUUACGAGUCCUUGUCGAGUUCAAAUUGCGAAGAAGCAAUUUUCCAAUAUCAAUAAUGACUACGAGCUCAUGUUCGAACGAGAUACCCUGGUGGAGAAAGCCGAAGACCAAGAUAAUGUCCCUCAAGUACGAUACAACUUUUCCAACAUUGGAGAUUUACAAACAAUCGAAAAAGACAGCACAGUUGAUCUCAUCGCUGUGCUCAAGGAAGUUGGAGAAACCUCAGAAAUUACGUCAAAGACGACUAAUAAACCAUACAGCAGAGAGAGUUGACAUUAGUUGAUGAUACUGGAUAUUCCGUCAGAUUAACUAUAUGGGGCAAGACUGCAACCUCUUUUGAUGCUAGCCCGGAGUCGGUCGUAGCCUUUAAGGGUGUCAAAGUUUCCGAUUUUGGGGGUAGAAGUCUAAGUUUGCUGUCUUCUGGUUCCAUGUCCUUUGACCCGGAUAUUCAAGAAGCCCACAAGCUUAAGGGAUGGUACGACUCCCAAGGUCGCACAGAAAACUUUGCCUCACAUAGCAACAUGGCUAGUGCUGGAGCAGCAGGCGGCCGUCAGGACCCCCUCAAGACCGUUGCCCAAAUCAAAGAGGAAGGUCUUGGAAUGUCCGAGGAGAACACAGAUUAUUUUUCAAUCAGAGCCACCAUCGUCUACAUCAAACAAGACAAUUUCUGCUACCCCUGCUGUCUCAACGAAAAUUGCAGUAAAAAAGUCGUCGACCAAAAUGAUGGCACAUGGCGCUGCGAAAAAUGUAACCAAACCCAUCCUAAAGCCGAAUAUCGCUACAUCCUCUCCUAAACGUCAAUGAUCAUACCGGCCA